GUCUCGCCCAGUUUGAUGUUUGUUGUUGGUGCGUCAAAGUCAUCGUGGGUGUGAGUCACGUCAGAAGACAUUUAUUGACCUGAUGUGUUCCACAUGGAGGAAUUUGACUCUGUGAAUUGGUGCCAUAUAAGAAUAAGAUAAGAUUAAGAGAAAUAUACAAGCAAAAAUGGAAACAUUAUAAACGGGUAAGUACGUUAAAACGCCCACGUUAUGUCCAGAUGUUUGUGGGAUGGAGGAUUGGGUCAAUUUAAGAUUCACUAAAUUCAGUACAGCCCUUAUUUUGAGAUGUAACAAAGUAAAAGACUUGAUAAAUAGUAAAAUGUUUCCUCCUGUAGCCUUUAAAAGAAUCUGUGAUGCGUUUAGUGAACAUUUAAGUAUUUCUAGAUAUACAUAUAUAUGUAUUUUAUAGAUGUUUCUAUAGAUUACUUGACUUGGGUAGCAACCAUAAAGCUGCCAACUCACAAACAAAGUAUCCAAGUUUAUGUAUUUAUUUUUUUUAUUCCGUUAUUUGUUGAUUGCUUGUAUGGUAUCCAGGAGUGACGUCGGUCUCAGACUCGCGUGACAACGGCAACGUUCCGUCAUCCGGCUCAAAAGUGAAACUAACCGAACCGCGCCGAAGGUUCCUCCUUUUGUUUCAUGAGAGACGGAGAAGAGACAGACAGACUGACAGACAGACAGACAGACAGACAGACAGUGACACGGAGAGACACGGAGAGAGAGGGCGAAACCGAAAGCGGUCCUCGCGCGCCGGGAGUCACGCGGGAUGCGGCGGGGAUUCGCCAGGUGACUCACCUGGUGACUCACCUGGCGAAUAAAAAGCGAGCGGAGAAGCGUCCCGGCCAUCAGCUGAUCACCAGCCCGCAGUGCGAGAUGUCUGAUAACAGAAGCAUCGUUUUCUUCGACCUGGAGGCCACUGGAUUGGACACCAAUGUGUGUGACAUCAUCCAGCUGUCGGCGAUCUGCGGAAAGCGAGUCUUUAACGCCUACAUGCUGCCGACCCGCGAGCUGACGGACAGCGCCAAGCGGGUGACGGGCUUCACCGUCAGGGACGGCACGCUGUUUCACAACGGCGUCCCCAUGAGCACCGUCCCCCUCGCCGAGGCCCUCGCCUCCUUCCUCGACUUCCUGCGCUCCUUCGGGGGCCCCGUGCGGCUGGCGGCGCACAGCGCCCGGCGCUUCGACGCCCCCGUGCUCACCAGGGCGCUGCGGCGGCUCCGGCUGCUGCCGGAGUUCCAGCGGGCCGUGUGCGGCUUCGUGGACACCUUCCCGCUGGCCAAGAGCCUGUUCCGCCUGAGCAGCUACUCGCAGGAGAACAUGGUGCGUCACUUCCUGGGGAAGAGCUACGACGCGCACAACGCGGUGGCGGACGCCACGAUGCUGCAGGAGCUGUUCAACCACUGGGCCCCCAGCGCGCAGGCCGUGCAGAGGGCCUCCUUCUCCACCCAUCUCUUCUGAAGACGGUCCCGGCAUUUGAGCAAAAUAUUCCAUUUGGCGCUGAACGUUUCCUUUGCUUUGCUUUGCUUUGCUUUUGUCGUCGUGGAGCCUCUGGGUGGUUUGUACAAACUGGGGUUUAAACGGCAGGGGAAUCAACUUCUAGUGACUUGGAGACACAUCUCGUUCUCUACGUUCACACGCAGGUUUUUACAAAUGAAAACAGUAGCACAGAUGUAAGCAUAAAUAAUAAUAAUAAAAUGUAGUAUGUCUCAACUGGUCUGGCUCCGGGACCCACCAUCACCCCGUAAUGACGAUUUUUUUAUCUUUUAUUUUCCCAUGCAAAGGCCCGCGACCCACUAAAAACGAGCUCACUGGGUCGCGACCCACCAGUUGAGAAUCACUGAUCUACACAUAUAUAUAUGUAUACAUAAUAAAUAUGUAUACAUAUAUAUGAUGGACAUAACUUGUAUAACAAAAACGGUAAAAUACUGUGUACUUUUGUCUUACCCUUUCGUUAUUAUAUUGUAAUGUGUGUCAUACUCACAAGUUGUGUUCUAUGUCUUUUGAGUUGUAAUAAAUAAUAGUAAAUAAAUCCAGC